AUGGCGCCCGGAACGCGACGCGCCAACAGAUCUGGAUACGCAGAACACGACGACUUCGAAGGUCUUCCCGUGCGACAAUGGCGCCAAGAGUGGAUAAGCGUUGCGCCGCCGCAACAGCAAGAACAGACUCAACAAAAUGAUAUUUGGUCGAUUGACUUGCCUCACGGCAUGCCCAAGGACUCCCAUCUCCUUCCAGCCCAUAGUCAGGAGCUCCUUGCUGCUGCGCGAUCCGGAAGACUUUAUAAGCGACCCGCCCCGGUAGAGGAGGAAGAGGCCGACGCCGAUGCAGCCCCCGAGAAGCCAGAGAAAAAAGAGGAGGACAUAAGUGCCAGAGGUUUCAGUGUCAAGGUCUGGAAACAGCUACCCCGAAAUAUCGACGCAGCAUCUACAUCUCAUCUCGCGAAACGACAAAAGAACACCGUCACAAUUGCCAGUCGCACAGUUGAAGAGAGAGUCCAGGGACCGACGAUUACGAGGGCAACAGUCAGAAGGGUCGACGCUGCCGGAAACCCAUAUACUGAAGAGGUCACGCUAUCCGACGGUCAGCCAGUUCAGGGCGAGAUUGUUUCAACUAGAAUUGAGCCUGCUCCUACUCGUGGCACCGAACCUCUCGCUACAACACCAGUUCCCAACAGACGCAGGCCACCACCACCUAAGAGAAAGGCGAAGGCCGGCCCUGGCCGAGGAAAGAAGAAGAUCAAGAACCCCCCACUCGAAACUGGUGCUGCUCCUGUGGCGCCUGUUGCAGGUACAGACGGCGCUGCGCCCGCGGCUCCAGCUAAGCCCGAGAAUCCUGCAGAAGCUGCCAUCAAGCAGGAACGUGAGGAUUCUGCCAAUCAGGAUAGUCCAAUGCUUGAUGCAGAUGAUGAUGACGAUGAAGACGGCGAUGAUGAUGAAGGCGACGAGGGUGAAGAGGGAGAUGGAACACCAGCUGCAGACAGCCAAGCGAACGUUGAAAACAACAAGCCACAAGACCACGAGAUGACAGACGCUGCUGCUACGACUACUACCGAAUCUGCUCCCGUUCCACCUCCUGCACCGGUGCCAGCUCCUGCUGCGCCCCCUGCUGCUCUUGGAAACGACGAGCCCGAUGUUGUUAUGCAGAACGAUUUGUUAGAACCUGUAGAAAACGCUGCGAAUCUAGUGCCACCCGCUAUCCUUACGCCUGGAGGAUCACGACCUGAGGGCAGCCCCCUCAAGAACGUUCUCAUACCUUCGCCCACAAAGGAGGUGGAUCAGGAACAACUGCUGAAGGAAGCUAUAACUUCUCCUCUGGCAGGAAGCGAUAAGCCUCAAGAGCCUGAAUUGACCGAGGAGAAUCUUGCAGAGGCAUUACGGGACCCCACUGGCAAAGAUGAAGAACCUCACUUCGAGAAGCUGGACGAGGAAGACAUUCUGCAAGCUGCUAUCAAUGCUCCUUUCGCGCCAGGUCAACAACUACCAAUUGGUCCCGGGGCUGAGCCUGCUGGCUCGACAGUGGCCGAACCGCCAUCUACGAUCGUCGGAGAGGCACCUGAGGUUGCGGCGGAUCGUGACGUCCCGAUGCUGGAACCAACCGACAGCGAGGCACUACUGCCCCCUCCACAUGAGGAGGUUGGCAAUAUUGCGACUACGCCCCCAGGAAACUCUGGUGAACAAAGUACCUCUGUCCCCGGAAGUGAUACCAAGCCGUCAAUGGAUUUUGAGGCUAGUGAGGAGGCGGUACCUCGAAGACCGCUACUUGCUCAAAACGACACUGGCUUAACAGAAGAUAGCAUUAGACCUGAUGACUCGGCCUCAGUCACUGCUCCUAUGUCUGAUAUCACAGACGUUCCAGCAGCUGCCCCCUCAGUUGUCUCCCCUCCUCCUGAACCAGCCGCUGAAACCACCAUUCAGGAGCCCGCUGAAGAGGAGCCCAAGCAAUCAACACCACCCCAACCCGAGAUCAAGGAAGAGUCUGCCCCUCCAGGCGAGGAUAUUUCUCAACACAACUCGCCUAAUCUGCUUGAUGCCUUGAUGGAUAAGCUCGAUCGCCAAUCUGCAGAGAGCGAGAGAAAGAAGCAAGAGGAGCCAUCUGCAGAGGCAACUGAGCCACUACCAGAGGCGGUUCCCCAGGUUCCCGAGGUUCCCACAGAAGCUAUCAGUGAGCCCCCUACUGAUCUUCCGGAAUCUAUUCCUGAACCUCCUGCUGCACCUGCUGUUGAACCCACAGCCGAAUCUGCCCCUGAACCUGCUGCUAAGACUGCUUUUGAGACUGCUGCUGAGCCUACCACCAAGCUUACCACCGAGCCUAUCAAUGAGUCCAACACUGAACCCGCUGUCGAGUUUUCAGCGGAGCCUGUUGCCGAGCCACUGGCUGAGCCAGCGUCUGAAGUACCUCCUGAAUCAACAUUAAUACCCACUGAGGCACCUGAAGGGCCAGGUGAUGAGGCCAUGGUCAUGGAUGACGCGGAGCCUGCUGACCCUGUGCUCGAAGCUCCUGAAGUGGAAAAGCCCAUGGAGGAGGCCCCUGCAGUUCCCGAACCAGUGGCGGCCGAGGAGGAAAAGAGUGAACAACCACCAAAGCAGGAUUAG